AUGCAAAAUGUGCUUCUAGCCACGAUCAUCACUAUCACAACACUCACUCGAUCUUCUUUUACAUCGAAUUCAACAGAUACCUCCAACAGCAUCAAUGGAUCAGAUCAAAACUAUAUUUCCAUCUAUGACGACACGGAUGGGAUGUUGAAUGAUACGGGGCUUGAUCCAACAAUUCAAAAUCCAUUUGUGCCUGGUGAGAGCUCGAUUCCAUCGAAUCUCAUCACUGAUCCCAGUGGGCGGUCGGCUGCACUCAAGAAUAGCAGUGCGCUUGAAAGUGAUACUUUAACCUCAGAAGCAAUAACCAUUUGCACGGAAUUUCCAUGCUAUGAAUACCUCAAACCGGGCAUCGUAAUCAAUAUGAUGAUCGCUGUAAUUCGUUGCGCUUUUUGUGUUUUCGUCUUACUUCUUGGCAUCAAAAUGCAACCGGAUUUUAUGAGAACUGUAACAAUGGCGAUUUACAUUCCGAUCGGUUUCCGAGAGACUUUCUAUUUCUACAUCGAGAUUGCCAUCUAUAUCUCACAGUUUCAAACAACAAACGAAUUUGCCGCCAAUUUCAUCAAUUGGGGAAACGGUUUGGGCGUUGCUCUAGAUGAUUACGUCAAUUUCGACUUCAUGAUUAUGAUCAUUAUUGGUCUUCACUGUUGUCGGCUUUGUAUCCGUGAUGAUGAGAGCAUUUUUGUGUUCCCUGUCAGAACGCUCUCGAUAGUGCUUCAAAUUGUCCCCUGUUUUCUUUGUCUUCUCAACUUGGUCGUCCCGGGACAACAGAACUCGAAUGUGGUGUUGAUUAUAAUCGGUAUCGUGAAUCGUCUCUUCACGCUGUUUUGCUUCAUCACAAUCACUGUUCAAAUAGCUUAUUCUUCCUAUUUGGUUACACAAGAGCUACCGUAUGACCACGCGGCGAGCACCGAUAUGCAGAUCCGUGACGCUCGUUCGAGACUUGUCUGGUUUCUCAUCUAUCUCAUCUUGCCCUACAUCUCACUAAUCCCGUACUUUUUCGAUGCAAUCGUUUGGAUGUUACAACAGUUUAAUGGAAAUGGAAAUGAAAUCAAUGACACGACGAAGAAAGACAAAAGUUUCCUCACGAAUUGUCAAAUUUUCUUCGAUGUGGUGAAACUGUUGGUGAGUUAUUAUCGCUCGACAUGGCUUAUCAUUCUCACGUGCUUCUUUCUGCCACCUUAUAGAAGAGCCGUUCCAUUGUUGUGCUGUUGUCUGCCUUGUUGUCCAAAGAUUACGGUGGAACCACUUCCGAGAAAACCCAAAGAGAUGUCCACCAUGUACAAGGAUGCUAUA